CAAGAUGGCGGCGCUGAGCAGCGGCGGCAGCGCCGAGGGGGCCUCGCUCUUCAACGGGGACAUGGAGCCCGACCCGCCCGCGCUGGGCGCCGGCUACGCGGGGGGCGGCGGCGGGGACCCGGCCAUCCCGGAGGAGGUGUGGAAUAUCAAACAGAUGAUUAAAUUGACUCAAGAACAUAUAGAGGCACUGCUAGACAAAUUUGGAGGAGAGCAUAACCCACCAUCAAUAUAUUUAGAGGCCUAUGAAGAGUACACCAGCAAGCUUGAUGCUCUACAGCAGAGAGAACAGCAGUUACUGGAGUCCAUGGGAAAUGGAACUGAUUUCUCUGUCUCCAGUUCAGCUUCAACAGACACAGUUGCAUCAUCUUCCUCCUCUAGCCUCUCUGUAGCACCUUCAUCCCUUUCAGUUUAUCAAAACCCUGCUGAUAUGUCACGGAAUAACCCCAAGUCUCCACAGAAGCCUAUUGUUAGAGUCUUCCUGCCCAACAAGCAAAGGACUGUGGUUCCAGCAAGAUGUGGAGUGACAGUCCGAGACAGCCUGAAGAAAGCUCUGAUGAUGAGAGGUCUUAUUCCAGAAUGCUGUGCUGUUUACAGAAUACAAGAUGGGGAGAAGAAGCCAAUUGGCUGGGACACAGACAUUUCCUGGCUCACGGGAGAGGAGCUGCAUGUGGAAGUCUUGGAGAAUGUGCCACUCACGACACACAAUUUUGUACGAAAAACAUUCUUCACGUUAGCGUUCUGCGACUUCUGUCGAAAGCUGCUUUUCCAGGGAUUCCGGUGCCAGACAUGUGGCUACAAAUUUCACCAGCGCUGCAGCACAGAAGUGCCACUGAUGUGUGUUAAUUAUGACCAACUUGAUUUGCUGUUUGUCUCCAAGUUCUUUGAACAUCACCCCAUACCACCGGAGGAGGCCUCCUUAGGAGAGACCACCCCAGCAUCUGGAUCGUACCCCUCAGUGCCCCCCUCAGAGUCUGUUGGACCACCAAUUCUCCCUAGUCCUUCUCCUUCAAAAUCCAUUCCAAUCCCACAGCCCCUCCGACCAGCAGAUGAAGACCAUCGGAAUCAGUUUGGGCAACGCGACCGAUCCUCUUCAGCUCCCAACGUCCACAUCAAUACCAUUGAACCAGUCAAUAUUGAUGAAUUGAUUAGAGACCAGGGUUUACGAGGCGAGGGAGGCUCAACCGCAGGUUUGUCUGCGACACCUCCCGCCUCUUUGCCUGGGUCGCUAACCAAUGUGAAAGCGUUACAGAAAUCACCAGGACCCCAGCGGGAAAGGAAAUCAUCCUCAUCCUCAGAAGACAGAAAUAGAAUGAAAACUCUUGGUCGACGAGAUUCAAGUGACGAUUGGGAGAUACCAGAUGGGCAGAUCACAGUUGGACAAAGAAUAGGAUCUGGAUCGUUUGGAACAGUCUACAAAGGAAAGUGGCAUGGUGAUGUGGCAGUGAAGAUGUUGAAUGUUACAGCACCCACACCUCAACAGUUACAGGCUUUCAAAAAUGAAGUAGGAGUGCUCAGGAAAACACGACAUGUGAAUAUCCUGCUUUUCAUGGGUUAUUCAACAAAACCCCAGUUGGCUAUUGUUACACAAUGGUGUGAAGGGUCCAGCUUGUAUCACCAUCUACACAUCAUUGAGACCAAAUUUGAAAUGAUCAAGCUAAUUGAUAUUGCACGACAGACUGCACAAGGCAUGGAUUAUUUGCAUGCCAAGUCAAUCAUCCACAGAGACCUCAAGAGUAAUAAUAUUUUUCUUCAUGAAGACCUCACAGUGAAAAUAGGUGAUUUUGGUCUAGCUACAGUGAAAUCACGAUGGAGUGGAUCCCAACAGUUUGAACAGUUGUCUGGAUCUAUUCUAUGGAUGGCACCAGAAGUUAUUAGGAUGCAAGAUAAAAACCCAUAUAGCUUUCAGUCGGAUGUGUAUGCAUUUGGGAUUGUUCUUUAUGAAUUGAUGACUGGACAGUUACCAUACUCGAACAUCAACAACAGGGACCAGAUAAUUUUUAUGGUGGGACGAGGAUAUCUAUCUCCAGACCUCAGCAAAGUACGGAGCAACUGUCCAAAAGCUAUGAAGAGACUAAUGGCAGAAUGCUUAAAAAAGAAGAGAGAUGAGAGACCCCUUUUUCCACAGAUUCUUGCCUCCAUUGAGCUUCUGGCCCGGUCAUUGCCAAAAAUUCACCGCAGUGCAUCUGAGCCCUCAUUAAACCGGGCUGGCUUCCAGACAGAGGAUUUUAGUCUAUAUGCUUGUGCUUCUCCAAAAACACCCAUCCAAGCAGGGGGAUACGGAGAAUUUGCAGCGUUCAAGUAGCCACAGCACCAUGGCAGCACCCACUCUGUUAUUUAAGUCUUGUGUUCCUACAGUUUCUUAACAUCAAAACUCCAUUCUGCUCCGCAAAGCCCAAAAUAAUUUAGAAAAGAUAUCCAUAAGCUUUUAAAAGUGGAGCAGAAUGGAACUGCCAGUCCAACACAAUGGGAAAAAGUACCUUUUUGGGAACCAGAGUCCUCUGCUGCCAGUGUUUCUCCUUCAACACAAACCACCACGUGCAUUCGGAGACCCGCAGUGGCUGCCUGUGCCGUUGGCAUCAUUCCCAGGAGAGAGGAGAGGGCGCUCGUGGUUUGACUGUGGUGCUCGGGCAUGAGGGGAUGGAACUGCUGCUGCAACUUAGGAGACUUGCUUUGGAUGGUCUGCCGGUCGGCUUUCUCCCUCUAACAGUGUAACCAUCAGAGGCUGAAAAUCUGUUGAGUGCUAAUUUAAAAGAACCAUUCUCCAUUCUGAUCCUUUUUUUUCCUGGUGUACUUACUGAUUUAUGGACAAUGCAGUAUCCCCUUUUCACUGUAUUACAGUGUCAGACACCUCAAUCUGUCUCUGUUAUUGGGUUUUAUUCCUUUAAAAUUAAAGUGUGGGGCAGUGGGAGCUGGAGAAGAUGUUAUUCUGAAGGCAAAGAGGUUCAGCUGAAGGAAAAGGGGAUGCUGCUGCACCUUUUCUCAGAUUUACUUUACCACUUCCUAAAAAGAACAACCACCACCAUCCUUAACCUUUUUCCUUUUCCCAUGUUUUCUUGGUGUGUGCAUAUACAACAUCUUUUAGAAGGAUUAGGUAGAUCCUUCUUUUGUUGGUCCAGCAACAAACUGAAGUUUU